UCUCCUUUUAGAAGGGCCAACUGCCAAACCCCCAGUUAUACAAAAGAGAGCUGCAACUUAAACUCUAUAUUGCCGAAAACCAUUCCACUUUAGGAAUUGUCUCCUCGGCAAGUACUUGGGAUGUCGUGAGCCUCUUUUCAACUAGCCUCUUUUGCAGUGCUAGCCAAAGAUUUUACUUGGAGAUGGAGGACCAGCAAGGCAGCAUAUUCGGGAGGGUUCGAUUCAAAAGGCCAAACGAAUUGCCAGCAUAUGCCCAUGGGAAGUUGCAGAGUACCCUUUGGAGAGGACAUGAAUACGUAAGCACAGGGGACAUGAAUGUUCUGCAUAGCCCCAUUAGCGCCAUGGAGUAUUUGUCCCGAUCGUGGAGCCCAGCCGCUUCCAAUUUCCUACAGAUAUUCUCAUCAAAUAAUCUUCUGCUUUCUCUGGAUGAUGGUUGCUUCUUAGGGGAAAAUGAAGAGGUGCCGAGUGGCAAUCAAAGAGAUGAAGAACAUGAAAAGAAAUCAGAAAUAGAGGAAAUAAAAUGCAGCAAUUUUCUCUGCCGUCAGUUUGAUUCAGGACAGCUUGAAGGAGAACCUGCAGCCAAAGAAAUAAAACAGAGGAAAUCUACAAAAGAGAAGGACUCUGUAACCAGAACGGAUAGCUUACAGGCACUAUUCACAAUUGACAGACCCUACAAUACAGCUUAUAAAAGGAGGGCAUCAGUUCAUGUUAGAUGGCUUAACUUGAAGCAUAUCAAGGGAUGGUUAAGAGGAAAACCACUAACAAGCUUAAUGAAAGGGCACAAAGAGAAGAGGAAAGAAGAACAUCGACUCCACAGAGCGAAAAUAGAUGCAGCCCUCUCUGUUGCACGAUUAGCUGCAGCAGUUGCAGGCAUAACGGGAACCAAUGUCAAUGAACUAGACAACUUCCAAGCAAACAGGGAACUGGUCCACUGUGGCAACAGCAUGGGGAAUGUCGUUUCUUUUGCUGCAGCUUUGGUGGCUGCUGUUUGUGCAGAAGCGGCAGAGACAGUUGGUGCUUCUAGAGAACAUGUUGCUUCGGCUGUUAAUUAUGGUUUUGCAACACAGACACCAGCAGACAUGGUCACACUAACUGCUACUGCCGCAACAUGUUUGAGAGGAGCAACGACCCUCAGAUCAAGAAACGUUGCCAAUGACUAUUGUCAGGAGUCUAAAGAGUUGCUUGCAUCUGCUACUGCAUUGCCUGUAGUGACGGCUUCAGGGCACAAGAGGCAUAGGUUGGUCUCCAUUCACAUCAAAGGUAAGCAACUAUUGCUGAGCCUCAAGAAGAAGUACUUGGGGGCAGUUAUCACAUGUCGAGAGCAUAAAAUUGUCAACAUGAUGGAGGAAGCUCGUGAAUCUCAUGCCUAUUACUUGAUCAGCUUACAAACUGAUGGUGGGAAUAUCAAGCUUUUUUUCCAAAAUGAGAAGCAAAGACAAAUAUGGAUGUCCACCAUUUCUAAUUGCUUGGAGAAGCUCGACGCUGCGAGAGCGAACUAUAUAUUACGCGGAUAAUUUCCAUCCCAGGAAGUAGUCACCAAGUGAAGGCAGCUUACACUAGCGUAAAUGUAAUUAUUUUGCACUAACUAAACUUUGUAUUAUGCUCAAGUAUACAAAAGGAUGAUUACAGAAUUUGUCGCAUCAA